AUGGAUGUGAUAUACGAUGUAGUAGAAAGCAUUCACAUUUUCAUUCCUCUGGUAGCGAUCGUGUUCAUCUGCGUAGUUUUAUACAUAAAUGGAAGGAAAGACACCGAAGAGAGCCAUGCACUUCGAACAGAAAGUAGCAUUGUAGGAGCAAAUGAAGAAAACGUUACAACAUCGAAAACAGAAGAAGACAAGAAGUGCGAUUAA